UUUCUUCAACUCUCUUCUCUAGAAAGGCUUUCACAAUCUCUGUGAAAAGAGGAAGCAAAGUCGAUUCAUCACAAUCUCAGAUGAGCUCCGAUCGGUGCGUGAAACCCUAAUCCCCCCAACAGUCUCAUCUUCCCACGAUAAAAUCUCAUCGGGAAAGCUCUAUUCAGCGUCGAACAUGGACGGUAACAAAGACGACGCGUUGAAAUGCCUAAAAAUCGGCAAAGACGCGAUCGAAUCCGGAGAUCGAUCACGCGCCUCGAGAUUCCUCGAGAAAGCUCGUCGUCUCGAUCCGUCUCUCCCGAUCGACGAUCUCCUCUCGGAUCUGAACAAUAAAGCUUCCCCUGGAUCCACCGCGCCUAAACCGUCUCUUCGCCAACGCGGAUCUUCCUCAACCGCCGCAUCAGGAUCUUCAUCAUCAUCAUCAUCCUUAUCCUUCACUGAAGAGCAACGAGCGAUCGUGAGAGAGAUCAAGUCGAAGAAAGACUACUACGAGAUUCUCGGAUUGGGGAAAACCUCAUCAGUCGAAGAUAUGAGGAAAGCGUACCGUAAACUCUCGUUGAAAGUCCAUCCCGAUAAGAACAAAGCUCCCGGAUCAGAAGAAGCGUUCAAAUCCGUCUCCAAGGCGUUUCAGUGCUUAAGCAACGAAGACGCGAGGAGAAAAUACGACGUCAGUGGCUCCGAUGAGCCUUCCUAUCAAACACACCGAUCCACUAGAAGACACCAACACCACAACGGAUUCAAUGGAUUCUACGACGACGAAUUCGACGCUGACGAGAUUUUCAGAAGCUUCUUCGGAGGCGGAGGGAUGGCUCCUGCAGCUACUCAGUUCCGUUCAUUCAACUUCGGAGGAGGAGGAGGGAAUAGAGCAGCAGCGGCUAAUCAAGGCUCUGAUACUACAGGGUUUAAUCCACGUGUCCUUCUUCAGUUACUUCCCGUGGUGUUCAUAUUGCUACUCAACUUCAUGCCGUCUCCGCAACCGAUUUACUCACUCUCUGCUUCGUAUCAGUACGAGCACAAGUUUACGACGCAUAAGGGGGUUAAUUACUUUGUUAGAUCGGCUAAGUUCGAGCAGGAGUAUCCUAUUAAUAGUCUCGAGAGACAGAGGGUUGAGGCGCAAGUGGAUAGAGAUUACUUGUCGAUAUUGGGGCAGAAUUGUAGGUAUGAGCUUCAGAGACAGCAAUGGGGGUAUGUUCGUGAGACGCCUCAUUGUGAUAUGAUGAGGAGGUUUGAUUCAGCUGCUGCUGCUUAAACUUAUCCAAGUUAGUAUAUUCAAGAGGUAUGAUCAUUCUGAGGUAUGGAGAUGUUUACUAAUGUCUGAGCGUUUUUGUUGAUGCCCCUCUCGGUGAGUUUGAUAUCCCCAAACCCAACCUUUUAUAUACGUUGAUUACUGGUCUUGGUGUUUAUUAUGAAACAUUUAUUAUGUGUGUGUACUUGGAAUAAGACUUAUUUUGGUCUGCCUUGCAUUUUCUGUGUGUAAGGUAGCAAAACAAAAAAAUUAUUUACAUCAAACGUUUCCAAUUAUAUCUUGUAGAAAAAUGAAACUUGUAUAGUUGAAGUUGUAGAUUUAUAUAUAAUAGUUUCGUUUCAAGCCAUAAAGAAUAGGAAAACAAUUAGGAACUGUUUGUAAGAUAAC